AUGGGGGUCGACUACUACAAGGUGCUGCAGGUGGAGCGCGGCGCCUCUGACGUCGAGCUCAAGAAGGCUUACCGGAAGCUGGCCAUGAAGUGGCACCCGGACAAGAACCCCAGCAACAAGAAGGAAGCCGAGGCCAAGUUCAAACAGAUAUCAGAGGCAUAUGAGGUGCUAAGUGAUUCCCAAAAGCGGGCAGUCUAUGAUCAGUACGGGGAAGAGGGGCUUAAGGGUCAGGUCCCACCUCCUGGAGCAGGUAGUCCCAGUGGCUCUUCCUCCUAUGGUGGGAAUGCAUCGACAUUCCAGUUCAACCCUCGCAGCGCUGAUGAUAUUUUUGCCGAGUUUUUUGGGUUCUCAAGCCCAUUCUCAACCAUGGGUGGCAUGGGCGGAGGUGCUGAGAGAGGCAUGAGGGACUCAAGGUUUGGGAUGUUCGGCGAUGACAUAUUUGGGUCCUACCCUCAAUUCCCUGGUGAGGCAUCAAUGCAUGUUCCACAACAGUCUCAGAAGGCUCCUCCAAUUGAGAAUCGAUUGCCAUGCAACCUUGCUGAUCUGUACAAAGGUACCACCAAGAAAAUGAAGAUCUCACGAGAGGUUUUAGAUGCUGGCGGGAGAACUUUGGUUGUUGAGGAGAUCUUAACGAUAGAUAUAAAACCUGGAUGGAAGAAAGGGACAAAAAUAACAUUUCCUGAAAAGGGUAAUGAGGCUCCACAUAUAAUUCCUGCAGAUAUUGUCUUCAUAAUUGAUGAGAAACUCCAUGAUGUAUUCACAAGAGACGGUAAUGAUCUGGUUAUGACUCAGAAGAUUACUUUGGCUGAAGCCUUGACAGAAUGUACUGUUAAUAUAACAGCAUUAGAUGGUCGGAACCUGACAGUACCGGUAAACAACGUCAUCUACCCUGGCUAUGAGGAGGUUGUUCCCAGAGAGGGAAUGCCGAUUCCGAAGGAUUCUUCCAAGAAGGGAAAUCUUAGGAUCAAAUUUAGCAUCAAAUUCCCCACGAGGCUGACCUCGGAGCAGAAAGCAGAAAUCAAGAGGCUACUAGGUUCUUGA